AGCUGAUUGAUAAAAACAAUGAAGAAGAAGAAGCCGACCAACACGUGCGAUUGUUUAUUGUGAAAUGGAACCGGGAAUUUGCUAUAUAAAACCAGAAUACCUGGUAUCUGAAAUCAAUGAGGCAGCUAACACCGAAAACAACGAGACGAACAAAAGAAAACGAGAGGAUGGCGAAGAAAUAGAAGCCGGUGGAAAAAAGAAAUGGGAUAAAAAGGAACGCAAGCGUGGACAAAACAAAAAUCGCCCAGUGUUCAAGGACGAGCGCUAUUCGCACCUGUGUCACUCGCUGAUUGAUGGAACAGGUGGACAACCGUGUUCCCUGCCAAAUUGUCGCUAUGUGCACGAUCUAGAUUCCUUCCUAGCCGCCAAGGGAGAGGAUCUCGGACCGGAAUGUUAUGUGUACACCACCAAGGGAUAUUGUGCCCGUGGAGUAAGUUGUCGCUUCGCAAAGGCCCACACUAAUGAGCUGGGCAGAAACCUUAAAAGGGAGGACUACGACGAAAAGGCUCCACCGACAACGUGUAAUGGGGUUAGUUCAGAACUCCAAGUGCGUCUUCGAAAACAUGAAUACGAUUUUAGUCGCAGCAAGGAGCUCAUUAAGCUCGCGGAGAAACUACGAGAUGCCCGGAAGCAAAACGAGCAAAAGGAAAAGAACGGGAAACAGGAACAGUCUGUUGAGACGGUAAACUCAAGCUCAGAGACGAUAAACUCAAGCUCUACUGACAACAAAGACAAACUUGAGAAGGAAAAACAAGAGGAAGUCAAGGAAGCGAGUUCCCAAGCUCCCACUCUCACUGGUUGCGCAAUUGUUGACUUCCCUACCGGCAGAGAUGCUGACCAAAAGCCAGCCGUUGAUUUCCGUGAGAAACUCGUCCUGUCGCCACUCACAACUUUGGGCAACCUGCCCUUUCGAAGAAUAUGUAAGGAGUUCGGUGCUGACAUCACAUGUGGCGAGAUGGCCUGUGCUCAGCCUCUACUGAAGGGUAUGGGUCAGGAAUGGGCUCUAACGAAGCGCCAUCAGAGCGAAGAUGUUUUCGGAGUACAAUUGUGCGGGAAUAAUCCCAACAUGAUUAACCAAGCGGCUCAGGUUAUUUAUGAGACUGCCCAGGUGGAUUUCAUAGAUCUCAACAUUGGCUGCCCGAUAGAUCUUAUUUACCAGCAGGGCGGCGGUAGUGCCCUAAUGCGAAGAACAAACAUCUUGGAGCUGACUGUGCGUAGCUGUGCCGCCUUGUCCAAUCGCUUACCUUUCACCGUGAAGAUGCGCACUGGCAUAUAUGCUGACAAGAGUGUGGCGCACGAACUCCUGCCUCUGGUCGAAGAGUGGGGCGCCUCAGCAGUGACCCUUCACGGGCGAUCCAGGGAGCAGCGCUACACCAAGCAUGCCAACUGGAUUUACAUCGAGGAGUGCGCCGCAAAGGCUAAACGGAUGCCGGUGAUCGGUAACGGAGACAUACUUAGCUAUGAGGAUUACGUGGAAAGAAGGAGUUUGGCGCCGCAUGUUAGUUCAGUGAUGAUUGGACGUGGAGCGUUAAUAAAGCCCUGGAUAUUCCAAGAGAUCAAGGAGAAACAAGCCUGGUCACCUUCGUCUGGUCAACGGUACGAAAUUUUGCAAAAGUUUUGCAACUACGGAUUGGAGCAUUGGGGCUCGGACACUAAGGGUGUCGAAACCACACGCCGAUUCCUUCUUGAAUGGCAGUCCUUCUUGUACCGAUACAUACCCGAGGCCUUACAGACGGCUCCGCCGCAAAAGAUCAACGCUCGACCGCAGAAAUAUCGAGGACGCGAUGAAAUGGAGACCCUCAUGAGUUCUGGCAACGCAGCUGACUGGGUGAAGCUAAGCGAGUCGCUUCUGGGACGAGUGCCAGAUGGCUUUAGCUUUGUGCCAAAGCACAAGGCGAACGCGUUUUAGAAUCAUAUUUUACAUAAUGUUUGUUUGAAAGUGAACCUACCUAUACCUAGAGUAUAGCGUCAUCCACAUUUUUAGCUGUAACAUUUCUAUAGCGAUUAAAAGUUGUAGUAAUUACAAAUAAAUAAUUCAUAAAAGUUAAA